ACAGCCGCGCUCGGCAACGCCGGAGCUCCGGGCUGCACUUGUUGAUCUCCGUUCCGAGGCAGCGGGUGGGAGCACCGGAGCUUUCCUUUGUGUCUGCACGGAGAACGGGCUGGGGGCGGGGGCAGACGCGGCUCCGGCGCUGGCUGUAGGCAGGAGUGAGGAGCCGCAGCCGAGGGAAGGCCUUGGAAAGCUUCCUGCCGAAGGAUACGAUUUACCUCGUUUCCCUUCCCCUCCCCCUGGGCUCCGUGGACAGCCGGGAGCGCCGCCGCCAUCCCUCCGCCUUGAGGCUGCCCGCGGGGGGAUGCGAGCGGGGCCGCCCCUGCCGCCCGCCCCGCCGCAGGAUGUAGCCGCCCUCGGCCCCGCACACCCCGCACCGCCUCGCUGGGAGCCCGCAGGAGGAGCUCUGGGGCAUGGAGGGGAAGGAGAGGUGAGCAGAGCCGGCCCCCGCGCCCUGCCCCGCGCCGCACCUUGGAGCGUCCAGCCUGAGGGGGACCAGCGAUGCCUCUGGGGAUGAACAAGCAUGGAUCUCGCUCUACUACCUCUUUGCCUCCGGACCCCACUGAGAUUGUCAGGAGCAAGGCCUGCUCCCGAAGGGUCAAGCUCAACGUGGGGGGGCUGGCCCACGAGGUUCUCUGGCGGACCUUGGACAGGUUGCCGCGGACCAGGCUGGGUAAGCUCAGAGACUGCAACACACACGACUCCCUCAUGGAGAUCUGUGAUGACUACAACCUGGAGGAGAACGAGUACUUCUUCGACAGGCAUCCCGGGGCAUUCACCUCAAUCUUGAACUUCUACCGUACUGGCAAGCUGCACAUGAUGGAGGAGAUGUGCGCCUUGUCCUUCAGCCAGGAGCUGGACUACUGGGGGGUGGACGAGAUCUACCUGGAGUCCUGCUGCCAGGCCCGCUACCACCAGAAGAAGGAGCAGAUGAACGAGGAGCUGAAGAGAGAAGCUGAGACCCUGAGGGAAAGGGAAGGGGAGGAAUUCGAUAACACUUGCUGCGCUGAGAAAAGGAAAAAGCUCUGGGACCUCCUGGAGAAGCCGAACUCCUCCGUAGCGGCCAAGAUCUUGGCAAUCAUUUCCAUCAUGUUUAUUGUACUAUCUACAAUUGCCUUGUCCCUUAACACACUUCCUGAACUACAAGGCGUGGAUGAAUUUGGGCAGACCACAGAUAACCCCCAGCUUGCCCACGUGGAAGCAGUGUGCAUUGCAUGGUUUACAAUGGAAUACCUCCUGCGGUUCCUCUCCUCGCCUAAGAAAUGGAAGUUUUUCAAAGGCCCCCUGAAUGCUAUAGAUUUGCUGGCUAUCUUACCCUACUAUGUCACUAUCUUCCUCACUGAAUCCAACAAAAGUGUACUUCAGUUCCAAAACGUACGACGAGUGGUCCAAAUAUUUCGGAUUAUGAGGAUACUCCGGAUUCUAAAGCUCGCCCGGCACUCCACGGGUUUACAGUCCUUGGGGUUUACACUCAGGAGGAGUUACAAUGAGCUUGGAUUACUCAUCUUGUUUUUGGCCAUGGGCAUUAUGAUCUUUUCCAGUUUAGUGUUUUUUGCAGAAAAGGACGAGGAUGAUACAAAAUUCAAGAGCAUCCCAGCUUCCUUCUGGUGGGCAACAAUCACCAUGACAACAGUAGGCUAUGGAGACAUCUACCCCAAAACUCUUUUAGGUAAAAUAGUAGGAGGACUGUGCUGCAUUGCUGGUGUGCUGGUGAUUGCUCUCCCCAUCCCAAUUAUUGUCAAUAACUUCUCUGAGUUCUACAAAGAACAGAAGAGGCAGGAGAAAGCCAUUAAGCGCAGGGAAGCUCUUGAAAGAGCAAAAAGGAAUGGCAGUAUUGUUUCCAUGAACAUGAAGGAUGCGUUUGCCCGCAGCAUAGAACUCAUGGACAUUGUGGUUGAAAAGAACGGAGAAAGCAUAACCAAAAAGGAUAAAGUUCAGGACAAUCAUUUAUCUCCCAGCAGAUGGAAAUGGACCAAGAGAACCCUUUCUGAAACUAGCUCUAGUAAAUCUUUUGAAACUAAGGAACCAGGAUCCCCAGAAAAAGCCAGGUCAUCUUCAAGUCCCCAGCACUUGAACGUCCAACAGCUUGAGGACAUGUACAACAAAAUGGCAAAGACUCAGUCCCAGCCGAACCUUAACACUAAAGAGUCGAGUCAACCUGGAAGGCAAAAGGAAGAGCUGGAAAUGGAAGCCCUUCCCGGCCCUAUGGUGCCCCUGCUGACAACUCGCACUGAUGGGAUCGUUGACAUGAGGAGCAUGUCCAGCAUCGACAGCUUCAUAAGCUGCGCGGCAGAGUUCCCCGACGCCGGGCGCUUCUCCCACAGCCCGCUCACCACCCUGCCCUGCAAGGGUGGCAUUAACGUCAUUCAGGAGCAGAGCAGGCCAGAGGGGAGCGGGGCCAGGUAUGUGGAAAUGAACCCAAGCUCCGAAGGCAGCCACCGGUCUGCUUUUUUCAUUGAAAGUCCCAAAAGCUCCAUAAAGGCCAGUAACCCUUUAAAACUAAGAUCUCUGAAAGUCAACUUCAUGGAAGAGGACACCAGCACAUUAGUACCAGCAUCAAAUGUACUGAGGAUAUAUCCAGACUCUCUCAAGAGCCGGGGAGCUGCUGCUGCCACAGAUACUUCCUUACUCUCUGACAGAUCUCUCAUGAGCCCCGAAACCUCAAUCUACACAACCGCGAGCGCGAGAACCCCCCCAAAGUCACCGGAGUCCCAGGCAGCCAUAGCUUUCAACUUCCACGAUGCUGGUAUUCACAAAUAUAUAGACGCUGACACUGAUGACGAAGGUCAGCUGAUGUACGAUUCAAGUCCGCCCGGAAAUGUGAGUCCCAAGUACAAUGUUACAAACAGUGGCUAUCUAAAGCAAAAGGACCAUGUUUAUAGAACAGAGAAGAACCAUCUAGAAGCUGCUGCUUUACCCACCUCCCCUAAGCUGAUAGGGCAGAACUGCAUUUACUCUAUGGAAGGUAUCACUGGAAGAACCCAGGGCAAUCAGGAGACUGUCAGACUAGAAAAUCACAUUUCCCCAGAAGUCCAUGUAUUACCAGGCAGUGGAGGACAUGCUAACACACAUGAUCAAAGCAUCUGAGGUGGGCUACAAAAGAACUUACUGAAAGUUUAAAGGAAUGUCUUUACAGUCAACACAAACAAAAGAGCUUCUGCAUGGCAUGAACUUGGCUGAAACAAGCCACUUGUUUCUAAAAGUCUGGGGGAGGUCCAGUGUGGGUUUGUGAAAAUGUCCUUCUCUGAAACAACUCUAAAGACAUUGCCCACAUCAGUCAAAAGUAAGGAUUGCAAAUCAUGAUCACACAUUGAUCUCCUUUCAUGUUGUCCAGUGAAGCCAAUGUGACCAAAUAUCCAUCCAUUCCCCUUGAACGCUAGAGCUCCUUUUGGAAAUAUUAACAUCUGAUUUGCAUUAGUUCCAUAAAGGAUGCCAAGGCAGCCAGAUUUGAACUCUGGAAUAAAUUGCUGGGGUUGGUAUAAAGCUUUCAAAAACACAAUGCUCACUGCUUCAGGGCAGCUGUUCCCCAUCUACAGCUUUCUCUGAUGGAUAUUAUGUCUAAAGGUAACAGGGAACACUUGCAUUAUUGGAAAAUCCGAGUGAAAACCAUUUUAAACAAAUAAUGGUCUAGAGAAACCAAUUAUUAAAAUGCUCUGUGUGUGUUUAACAAUCCGAUAUCCUGUAGGACCUGAUGUUUUCUUUUGAAAUAUCAGCAGGGUGAGUUGCACCACUUGUAUCUAAUCCCAAACAUCCCCUAGGACAUAGUGAAACUUGCACUGACCCUCUGCUAAAAGCCGGUACCUGCCCCAGGGCCAGCGCGUGGCCCUCGGGGGCCCACAGCCCACGUGGGAAGGUGUGAAGGAGCCAUGCAGAAGCAGGACUCUCCGGGGGGCACCGCAGCCAGACCCCCUUCCCGGUGCCGGGGAGCGCAGGGCUGGAAGGAGAGCUCGGCUCUCGCCCUCGGUGGGGAGGGAGAUGUGGCUGCGCUGCCCGCGGGGACGGUGAGCGCGGCCAGGCCCUCGGCACAUGCUGAGGGCACAGGGAUGGCUGUCCGGCCUCCCCUUCCCGCCAGCCAGAGUCUCGCCCUUGGCGUAGGAGAGGAACAGGUUGGUCCGAAGCUUUUUGCGCCCGAGCAGCGCAGUGAAAGAUAUGCAAGUGUUACAUAAAUAUGCAAAAAGAGGCAUUCAUUAGUGACCCGUCCCGGGCCUGGCUGUGCUCCCUCUCGCCGGGAGGUUGGACAGGAGAGGCUCCUGCAGAGCCGUGGCGUGGAGCAGCUGCGAGAGGCAGGAGAAUCAGGCCUGACGUUUUAAUAACAUCCAGUCAUUUUUAAGUGAAAUAAGAGGAAAAAAAAAAAAAAAAAAAAAAAAAAAAAAAAAAAAAAAAAAAAAAAAAAAAAAAAAAAAAAAAAAAAAAAAAAAAAAAAAGAUCUGACCAUUUUAAGUGAACAGAACUAGCAGCCACCAGCCUAGGUUUUUAAAAUAUUAUUGUUUCAAUAAAGUUAUGUCAAAUUGUGUAGGAAAUAAUUUGUCUUUGGUUUUUAAUCUUGGGGGGGGGGGAAAAGCACUUUACGUUGACUUUUUGUUGUCGUUGUUGCAAUGCUGGAGUAGGAUAGCAGAGUGUAACAAUCAAGCACUUUAACCAAGCACUACUUUAAUUUGUGCCUCCUGUUGUGACUGUGAUUUGUUACACACCUGUAGCAAAUCACAACUUGUCCUGUGAUAACUGUGAUGGUAAUCUUUUCUGUUGUUCUCUGUUUCUACUGUAAAACUCAACUGUAAAUAACUGUCGAUGAGCGUUUCCUGACCUAUUCCGAGUUCCUGCCGGGGCGUGUAGCGAUCUGCAGGCAGCAGGUCCGGGGACGAGCUGAGACACAGGACGCGGGAGCGGAGGCACAGGUGGGAGGAAGACCCCCCCCACAAGCCGCUCAAGUCCGCUGCGUUUUGUUCCUUCCUAUUGUAAAACCAAGCCGUUGGUUAGUCCUGAAUGUACCGUCUGUCCGUCCAGGCCGUGCCGCACUCCUGUCUGUAACCCUAGUGGUGAAUGCAGCAUGUACGGACAAAAGCAAUAAGCACAUAACCUGUUCUAGCAACUACUGUGGGUUGCGGUGAGAGCUUUGUUAGGUGUCUCCUUGGCACAGCUGUCCACGCGGUGGAGUGACUCUGCUCUGCUCAGCCGACCCCGGCCCCGGGCGGUGGGACCAGCCGAGGGACCCACUCAGAGCCGCCCUCGCAAGGCGAGACCCUGGGAAGGCGCGAGUAAGGCCCGAGCCACCCCCUCGGGAAUUACCCGCCGGCAGCGAGAGGCCUCGUGCCGCGCAAAGAGUGACGCGGAAGGUACCCGAAAAGAAGCCCCAGGCGCCAUGUACUCCACAGGGUAUUUACACAGGGCCAGUUCCUGAGGUUUGUUCGCUUUUACUCUGCCUUCCCGCAGCCUAAACCACCGCUCCUCUGAGUGGGCUCUUUGCCUGGUGAAGGACUUUAGGAUUUGGCCAUAGUAAAUACAAGUGUACUUAGAGGAACCGACGUGUUGCUGAGAUACUAGUUAAGAUUGAGUUGACGUGAAAAAGUAAAGUGACUUUCCAGCAGAUAAGCUUUAAAUACUGAUUUAUUCUGUGGCUUUCUGAGGCCACGGAGCAGCAACGAGAAAUCUUAAGGAGAACAGUCUUAACAUAAUCUCUGUGUUUCAGUGAUCAUUCUUGUCUGCCAUCUGCACAAAUGUAAAAAGAAGAAAAAUCAGGGAAAAUUUUUUUGAUAAAGUAAGUAAUAGUGAUUUCCAAGUUAAAUAUUUUUAGAGCUGAUGCUUUCAUGUGGAAAAAAAAGUCAUAUUUUACAUAUCACAAAAGUGAACAUAUUUAAAUAUAGCCAUAUAGUGUAGUAUUUACCACACUCUCAUCCAAAUUGAUGUAUUUGGUUUAUAGAUGGCACUGACAAAAAUGUAUAGAUCAACAAUUCUAUCAUUUUUUACCUGAUAAUCAACUGGUGCAACUCUCCUUGUAACCAAAGGCCCUCUGUCUGCCUUGUGUGAUCGCUCAUGACACACACCUUAUGUCAUCUAUUUAGUCCUACCUUUAAAGUAGCAUUUUAUUGAGUCACUUUUGAAAGCCAAAUUCAAAAGUAUCAUUAAAAAUCUACCUUUUAAGUCUGAAUAGCCAAAGUCCUAUAGAUUUCUUAUAGAAAGCAAAUAAUUAAAAAUUAAGCAUAUAAUAUGCUUGAAGAGCAUUUCUUUCUUAUUUGUGUAUGAAGAUGUAGCUCUCAUUUUGUGCCCAAUUCAAAAGGAAGUAUGUUUAAUUUAUUUUAAUGAAAUAAAGUCUGAAUAUGAAGUAUGUAUCUAUAUAUGUGUGUGUGUGCAUAAUACACAUAUAUAUAAUGUAAGCACUGGGAAAUCUACUCUGACCUAAAGCUUUGAUAGACUAAAUCUGUACUCAUUGCAAAGGAAAGGCAGUGCUUUGAAAACAUAAUGCUCACCAAAUCCUAUAGACCCUAGAAAGACAAUUUAAUUUUAUAGUUUGUUUGAUCCAUGUUUCCCAAAGUUCAUAACAGUUGGGGAAAAAAGGCGGUAUCUCCUGCAUCAAGCUAAAGUGUGCAGUUUAAUCACUGAUAUUUGGCAUUCAGGUCUGCGAAUUUACUGUGCACCAUGUAUCAAGCAAGCUGACAGAGCCUCACCUGCUGCUGCAGAAGACUUCACGCUUGAAAGGACUAUGUACGUGUGAUGUCUGCGCUUGCUUGUAUCCUACACCAUCAACAUUGUUUUUAAUACAUAUCUAUAAAUAUAUAUAUAGAACAUAUAUAUGUGUGUGGAAGGAGUGGGUGCAGUUUUCUUAACCAGGAGGCAAAGAUUCUUUGAGUUUUAGCCUUGAACAGAGGAAAAAAGCCGUGACAUUGCAGUAGAUUUCUCAGUGCCUUUUCUUAGAAACUUCACCUAAGCACACUUAUGGAAAAAAACAAAAACAAAAACAAAAACAAAAAAACCAGAAAACAACCCAAAACAAAAGAGUCUCCUGUGAAAUCCACAUUUUUCUGAAAGGUUCGAGAGUCAAUAAAGGUAGAAGAAAGGAGAAAAAAAAAAAAAAAAAGAGAGAGAGAGAGGAAAAGAAAACCCG